CUGUAAAGCAAACGGCCUCCAUAUUCUGGGAUAGAAGAUGGAGCUGAACCUAUUAUUCGUGCUGCUGUUUCUACACCCUGCAUUGGGACUUGUCCUGGAUGUCAGAGUUCCACCUUCCCUUAGCGCAGAAUUGGGGUCUAAUGUCAGCCUCCCUUGUACCUUUACUGUGGAUGAAUCUCCGCUGAAACUGAAUUUUCUUGCACUUUUGUGGAAAUUUGGUGACCUAGAUAUUUUCACACGCGACAAUAAGAGGAAAUACUCCAAUCCAAGAGUGGUGUUCAAUGAAGGGAAUGUCAGGAAAGGAGAUGCUACUCUGGUUCUUCAAAACGUUAGUACCUCAGACGAAGGAAGUUAUACGUGUACAGUUGUUUACAGCCCAGAAAGCCAAACCAGACAAACCCAGCUGACUGUUUAUGCGCUUCCAACAAUCAGCAAUCUUGAGAAGUUAGGUGACCAGCUGUUAUGCUCAGUCACUGGUUUCUACCCAAAAGAUAUCUCUGUUUUAUUAUUAAUGGAUAGAACGGUGAUGAGCAGUUCUGUUUUGGCCAGUUACCAGAAUAUAGAUGGCACAUAUGGCAUCAACAUAUCUGCACCAUUCACAGAGAUGGAAAAAUCUAAGUCAUUUUCCUGCAAAGUUGAAUACAAAUAUCUUCCAAGUCCCCUUGAGAAGCACGUACAGCUGGUUGAAGGAACCAAUGAGAGCGGAUUUAAUGUGUUUUUGUUGGUCGGGAUCCUUGUAGCUCUUGUGUUUAUUGGAGCUAUAAUUGGUGCUGUUUUGUAUUACAGACACAAGAAAGGUAUAAAAUCAUUUAUAAUUAAUAAAAUUCAGGGUCCUGAUACUUGGGUUGAUGGAGAGAAGAUUACUUUGUACUGCCCAGCUUCUCACUGUACUAAAGAUGUGCAAGCGACAUGGAUUAUAAAGAAUAAAGAUGGUACAAUGUGUGAGAUCACAGACUCUACAAAGGUGCAAUCAGAAGAGGAAGAGCCUCUCAUGGCCAAGGAAUAUGAGAUGACCAAUGAGAGAACAGAUAAACCAGUGGAAAAGGGAUCUUGUGAUUUUACAACAUCUCUAAGCUUCAUUCCAUCUGUAUCAAGGCAUCUAGACUCAUCCAUUAUCUGUAGGUUUGUGUGCGGGAAAGAGAAGGCGGAGAGAACAUUUCAGUUCAAAUCUAUCUAUGCAAAACCUAAGAUCUUGGAGCCAGUAAUAUUCACACUUUGUGAGCCAGACGAUGUGCAGCUGUCAUUGAAUCUGCAAAGUUUUUAUCCACAAAAUAUCCAGAUAAGCUGGAGCUGUGAUGGGAAGGAGUCUAGAGAGGACAGGACCUCAGAAGAUGAGUUAAAAAAUAAUCCUGAUAAAACUUUUAGUAUUCAAAGCAAAUGUAAGAUCCCUGGUUAUCUCUUCAAAGAUCCGGCUUUUAAAGUGCGUGUGACUUGGCACCAUGAACCUAUGGAAAGCCCCGAGUCUAGAGAAGUGUCUGUUAGAGAUUUCCCGUGGUGCCCAGAAAUUGAGGACAUCCCCAUAGAAAGUAACUCUAAUAGCAACAAACUAAAUUAUAAAAUCACUAAGUAUUUUCCGGAUGCACUGACAGUAACUUGGUUUAAGAAGGAAGGAAAUAAAGACUUAGUGCCGAUUUCUACAGAUAACACUUAUGAAGUACCAGCUAUUCACUCGCAGAAGCAGGCAGAUGGCACGUUCACAUGUAACGCUUGUUUGGUCAUUAAAGUUCUGGCAACCCAUAAGCAACACGAGCAAUUUGUCUGUAGAGUGGAGCACCCAAGUCUGAAGAAACCAUUACAGACAGCAAUAACUGCACUGCAGGACAAUGAAACAUUCAAAGUCAGUAACAUCCAUGGACCUAAGAAGUGGAUUGAUGGUGAAAAGGUCACAUUAUAUUGCACAGCCUCCUAUUGCCCAGAGGACGUCCAGGUGACGUGGGUUAUAACAGAGCAUGACGGAACUGUGCGAGAGGUCUCAGAGCUUGCACAAGGAAAGGACAAUAAAGGAGGGAAAGUUGUACCCACUGGAUAUGUUGCAAACAGGGAGAGAACAGAGACAUCAGAUAAAGAGGGACUUACAGACUUUACUACUUCGCUGAGCUUCACACCAUCUAUAGCAAAACACAAAGACAUCACCCUAAUCUGCAGAUUUGUCUGUGGUGGGACAUCCAAGGAGAAACAGUUUCAACUUGAGUCACUUUUUGCAAAACCCAAGGUCCUGGAGCCUAUAAAACUGUCACUGAGCAGUACUGGGGAGGUACUUUGCUCUUUCAUUGUGAAGGAGUUUUAUCCAAAGAAUAUUCAGAUAAACUGGAGUUACGGAGGGAAGAAUCACCAAGAAAACAAAACAUCAAAUGAGACUUUCACAGAACAUAAUCUCACCUGGAAUGUUCAGACUAAAUGCAAAGUUCCUGGUCACCUUUUUAAAGAUAAAGAUUUUACAGUGAUUCUGAAAUGGAAACACAAAUCUAUGGAUGGCUGUAAAACAAAACAGAUAUCUGUAAGAGAUUUCCCUUGGGAACCUGAAAUUAGGGAAAUACCAAUACCCAGUAUUUUUAACAAUAAACCAGCGACUCUGAUGUGUACAGUUUCUAAUGUAUUUCCUGAUAGUCUGACUGUGAAGUGGUUAAGAAAAGAAAGGCAGAGUAACAAAUCUGUUCCUUUAUCUGACUGUGACAAAUAUAAGAUUCCGGAUAACCAGCGAGAGAAGCAUAAAGAUGGCACAUUUAUCUAUAAAUCACGGUUAACUUUUAUUCCAUCUGUGAAGACUGAUCAAGGGGCUGAGUUUAUCUGUAAAGUGGAUCAUCCUAAAUUAAAAAAGAAACAAACAAAAUCAACAGGGCCCCUCCAAAUAACAGCAUUACCAGAUGUGAAGAAUAUUUGUAAUCCUGAAGAUGGGAUAUUUACAUUGGAAGUUGACAGUUUUUACCCUGAAAACAUUACAAUUUCAUGGAAACUGACUCUGGACUCAACAAAAGAAGAGAAUAUUACACAUAACUCCUCUGUUAAAUCUGAUAUGUAUGACAAUGGCAGCUUCAGAGCUAUAAGCACCUGUGACUUGAGGAAAAAUGAUUUAAUUGAGGGUAAAUCAUAUGGUGUAAUAGCCACGGUGGAACAUGAGACGCUGGACUCUCCUAUUCAUAAAUCAUUUAAUAUGGAAAGAGCAAUGACUCUACCUUCUCCAGUUGACCAAAAACAGAACCAAGAAUGUACCACCCCAACCAUGCAAGACAAUGUGAAUCUUUCAAUCCAACCAACAGAUCACCAGAGGUCCAUUAUUAAUGCUAUACAGGGACCUCAGGUUUGGACCAAUGGAGAAAAAGUUUGUCUGUAUUUAACAGCCUCUUACUGCACUAAGGAUGUGAUGGUGACCUGGAUUAUAACAGAGAGAGAUGGCAGCGUAUGGGAAAUACCUGACACAGUAACAGAACAGACCAGCAAUACAAAUAGAUUGUCUAGUGGAUAUGAAGCAACAAGGGAAAGCACAGAUAAGUCAGACAAAGAGGGGCUUCUAGACAUUGUGAGUUGUCUGACAGUUGUACCCUCUGUGUCUAAACAUUCAGCAAUGACUCUGGCAUGUAAAGUCAUCUGUGAAGGAGAAGUGAAGGAAAAACAAUAUACAUUACAAUCUAUUCAUGCAAAACCUAAAGUCCUGGACCCUAUAAAAUUAAGUCUGUGUGACUCAGGAGAGGUGAUGUACUCACUGAAUCUGCUGGGAUUUUAUCCAAAAGAUAUUGAUAUUUGCUGGGAAUGUGGAACCGACCAGUCACUAAAAAGUCUUAAAUCCCAAGAACAUCUACAAGAAAAUUCUGAUAUGACAUUUAAUGUCCAGAGUGAGUGUAAAGUUACAGGAAAAUCUCUCAAAAAUCCAAACUUUAAAGUGCGGGUAACCUGGAAGCACAGCUCUAUGGAUGUUAUGGAAUUCAGAGAAAUGUCUGCAACAGAUGCAGACUUUCCUUGGCGACCUGAAAUACAAGCAAUCCCCAUAUCUCAUGUAAUAAAUGGCAGAGAGGUCACAGUGCAAUACAACAUCUAUAAAUAUUUCCCUGAUGCUCUGACUGUGAGAUGGUUUAGGAAGGAGAGAGGAGGUCAGGAGCUGUUUCCGUUAUCUCACUCUGAGAACCUCAGAAUUUCAGAUCUCACACACAAGAAGCAGUCGGAUAACACAUACACCUGUACAGCUUGUUUGUUAUUUACUCCAUCACUGAGCUCAGACCAAGGAGCAGAAUUUAUCUGCAGAGUGGAACAUCCCAGCCUGGAACAACCAAUAGAAAGAGGAACUGGAGCUCUUGUAGUUAUCUCUAAACCAAAGAUUACAGGUCCUUUAACAUUAGGCAUUUGUGAUCACAGCAACUUACAGUGUUCUCUGAAUCUGACAAACGUAUACCCUAAAGAUAUCCAGAUCACAUGGCUCUAUAGAAGCAGCCAAUACUCACAGGAGGGAUCACCAGAACCAGUAUCUGAAGAGUGUGCAGAUCACACAUUUAAUGUAACAAGUACUUGUACAAUUCCUGUACAUCUCUUCAUAGAUCCAGCGUCUAACAUUUGUGUUAAAUGGAAGCAUGAAGCUAUGGAUGAUCCAGAAUCCAAAGAACUUUCUGUAAAAGAUCCAGGUUUCCCUUGGCGACCAGAAAUGGAGGAUAUUGUCAUUCCUACACUGUUACCUAAUGAACAAGUCAGAUUACAAUGUAAAAUCUCACAUUAUUUCCCUGAUGUGCUGACUGUAACAUGGUUUAAGAGAAAGAAAGGACAGCAGGAGAGACAGCUGGUUCCUAAUGAAAAGUACAACAUUCCUGAUAUUCAGUCUGUAAUACAGGCAGAUCAGUCCUACACCUGCACAACACAUGUGAUCUACACACCGUCAGUUCAUGCAGAGCAAGAAGCAGAAUUUAUUUGUAAAGUGGAUCAUCCGAGUCUUGUCCAACCAAUAACUAAAUGCACAGGGAUGAUACGGCUUGUAGAUACACCAUUCAUUCAACCUGAGAUUCAAUCAGCUAAUUAUGGAAACAAUAUUCAUUCAUUUAACGGUCAACAGCAUCCCUUUCCUCAAAACAUAGAUACACCAUUCAUUCAACCUGAGAUUCAAUCAGCUAAUUAUGGAAACAAUAUUCAUUCAUUUAACGGUCAACAGCAUCCCUUUCCUCAAAACAUAGAUACACCAUUCAGUCAACCUGAAAAUCAAUUUACAAGUCCCGGACACAAUCUAUAUUUAGUCAAUAAUGAAGAACAUGUUUAUCUUCAAGACACAGAAAUGAAGGAUUUAAAUGAAGCAACAUAUAACCAAACCAGAAGUACAGAUGAGGAGAUGGAGUUAUGAACAGAUUCAUGAAACAACUUAAAGGGACAGUCUAGUCGAAAUGAAACUUUCAUUAUUUUAGAUAGGACAUGCAAUUAUAAACAACUUUCCAAUUUACUUUUAUCAUCAAAUUUGCUUUGUUCCCUUGUUGGUAUUUGAAAAGCUAAACCUAGGUAGGCUCAAACUGAUUUCUAAAACCUUUGAAAACCGCCUCUUAGCUCAGAGCAUUUUGAAAGUUUUUCACAGUUAGACAGUGUUAGUUCAUGUUUUUCAUAUUUAGAUAGUGUGCUCACUCAUGUGGAGUUAUUUAUGAGUCUGCACUGAUUUGCUAAACUGCAUGUCUGUCAAAAGCACUGAGAUAAGGGGGCAGUCUGCAGAGGCUGAGAUACAAGGUAAUCACAGAGGUAAAAAGUAUAUUAAUAUAACUGUGUUGGUUAUGCAAAACUGGGGAUUGGGUAAUAAAGGGAUUAUCUAUCUUUUUAAACAUUAAAGAUUCUAAAGUAGACUGUCCCUUUAAUGUAUGAUAGUACAGCUGGUAAAAACUACAUUAUUUAAAAAAAAAAAAAAUGGUUAUAACAAAAUUGUAUAUUUUUUUAACAUAUGGUGUUACUGAACUUGUGUAGUUUUUAUAGCAAAAAUAAUCUCAAAUGACUGAAUACUUUUUUAUUAAAAAUAAAAAGAAGAUGUGAUUGAUUACUUAUAUUUAUUGAAUCUCAGUCUGGCAUGUUUAAUAACCUAUAAUAUCUUAUUUUAACAUAAUAUACUGUGUGUCCUUGUUUGGUUUUUACACCCCCCCCCCCCCCAAGACAGCUCAUUUAUAAAAUAAAGCAGAGUUUAGUUGUUA